AUGGACGGCGUGACUUCUGAUCAUCUGUUCUACUUUAUCGUGGUCCUAGGGCAGAUGCAGAUCAAUGUACUCCGUGGCAGUUCCAGGACUAUCUGUGACACUAUGGAUCCUCAGAGCGCAAAGCUGAUGGAACACAUGUCGGCCGAGCGCACUCGCAUAGCACUGCUGACGUACAUCUUUCUAGAUAGCAACAGCGGCGAUCUGAUCAACUACUACACGUUCAGCAAGUACCUAACGCGGUUUCCCAAGGGAGAAAGAGAGAGCGUGACGUUUCAGGAAUUGCGCCAGGGAUUGAUUGCCUUGAUCAGGGAGUACGUUGAUAAAUCGGCCGGGGAGGUGCAGCACACAUGGCAGUCUUUAACCCACGAAGUCAUGGCCAACCAUAGCGUCAGGACAGCGUAUUCCACGUACGCUGUCGACAACUUUUCGUUAUCAUCUGUUGCUGGAUCAAAGGCGAUCCAGCUGCAGGAAGAGGCUUCACGGAGAUGGAUUGCGUGGUUGCAGCUGGAAAAUUGUGCUCCUGCUCAGGAGGAAGUCGCGGCGCCAGCCGCUGAGAUGCCGGUUCUGUCUUACGAGCAUCCGGUGGAACCGAAGUCGUUUGAUGAUCUGCCGGUUGCUGGCGAAAACUGUUUGGACCGAAGUUCGAAUUCAGGAACUGUUCACAGGCGAACUUGUGCAACGAGGUUUAUUUGA